GCAGAGGGCAGCAGUAGAGCGAUUAGUAAAAUAGGAAUAAUUUUUUUUUUUAUGAUGGCCGUUGUAUGAAUUUAUGAUAUAAAUUGAACAAAUCUUUAUCACACAAUCAUGAUGUCCUCUGGGAGAGAUGGAUUGCACCAGUUUCUGUGUCACUACUGUAAUCGAUCUCUCUCGUCCAAGUCUACGCUUCAGAGACACAUGAAAACGUGCCAAUUGAAAAAUGUGUCACUUCAAGAAGAUCCGGGCAGGACAACUCCUGACACCAAGAACUUCAUGCUUCCCCCCAUCCCGUCCCAACUGACAGUGAUUUUCCACCAAGAGAAAAAGAAUAGCAGACACGAAGAGCCCCAGAUUACUCUGAAGAAGAUUUUAGGACCUGGGUCAAAAGAUUCUUCUUCUUCUCAAGAAGGUGAAGAACUUCUGAAUCAAAAUUGGCAAACACCAACUAUGAGUGGAUCUAUAGGUGGAUGUAAUGUUUCAAAACAAACUCUGCACCAUUGUCCAUUUUGUGAAGAGACUUUUUCCAGCUUUUCUCACUGCCAAGCCCACAUAAUGAACUUGCACAAAAAUGAAUGUGAUACAGAACUAGUUGAACGCACUUGUAGCGUAUGUCGUAUGGUUUUUUCAAAUAAAGAAGAGACAAGAGAGCAUGUUCUUACAAACCACGGAGAUGUUAAACCUGUUUCUCAAAAGAAUUCUAGUUCUUCAGAUGGUUGUUCAACUUUAGCAGAAGAAGAUUUCACCCCAAACCAGCCAAAAGAAGAGUUUAACAGUUCUGGAGACUCUUUUGUAGAUUGUCAGUUAGCAGUAAUUAAGACAGAACCAGAAGAUUUAGACAGUUCUCCAGAAAUGGAUUUGGUUCAGAAUGAAGAUCUAAGGGAUUUUCAGCUUGAUAUAGCAUCCAAUCUUUCAUCCAGAGGGACAUUGAUGGAAGAAACAAGUAAUUCUCUCUUGACCUCUUCAGAACAUGGCCAGUCUGAAACAUGUACUAAUGCAGCAACUGCACACGGACCUUCUGUUCAGCCAUCGCAUGUCAGUUGUGAUGAAGCCAGUUCCGUUUCUAGUAGGUUCACUGAUGUGGGUACAGUUCCAUUGAAAAAGGAAGAUGCCAAUUCUGUACAGUUGUCACAAAUUACUUGUUCAGAACCUGGUUCCAUUUCUGACAGAUUCACUGAUGUAGGUUCAGUUCCCAUUAAAAAAGAACCAGGUACAGUAGGAAUUUGUCAAACUUACAACAAGCCACUUGUUGUCCAUUUACUCUCCCAUGAAGGUCCUGCUCCAGAAGUUAACCACGAAGUAAAGUCUGCUAGUUACACGUCUCCUGAAAACAAAGCAGCUACUAUUUCUCAUGAAAAUGGACAGUUCAUUCAAGAAACUGGAGGUAUAGCUAAGUCUCUUUCUUCUGGACAGGUUGUUUCUUGUCCAUUAAAAAGGGUGUCAUCAUCACAAGGAGUUGUGGCCAUGUCUGUGCAUUCUUUAAAUAAUGCUCCAACAGAACCUGUAUUCUCAGGACCUGAUAAUCAUGGACAACAGUCAGCUCAGAGUUUUCUGUGUUUUACUAGUAAAGAACUAGGUCAAGUCCCUUCUUCUAAAUCUCAAGACACCACGACUCCAGGGCCUUCUCCUAAAAGUAAACCAGUUCCAAAAAAGCCAUUACUUACUUGUGAAGUAUGUAGCAAAACCUAUCGCUGUCGUAGUAGCUUCAAAAAGCAUGUGAAUGCACAUGUAGCUGCUUCAUCACUUGUGUGUAAAUACUGUGGCCAAACUUUCCAGCAAAAAGAUGUAUUCUUUACUCACAUGAGGUUACAUGAACAAAAUGCAUUGACUCAACCACAAGGAGGUGCACUAAAUCUUCCACCAGGUGGACCUAAUGAGUCUAAUUUUCAGACUUCUCUGCCAUCUGGUCAAACUGGUUCAUUUACUUGGGACACGAAACAAGUAAAACCAGGGAUAGAGGGCUCAAAUAACAUCUUAACCCAGUUUAGCAUACCAUUGUCUACGAUGCAUUUAUCCGAAGAUCAGAUUCCAGUGGGCACAAAAGAGAAGCAAAAACAAGUUAGGAAAAGAAAAAUGAAACAAGAUUGUCAAGUAGAAUCUGACUGGAUGGGAUCACCCAAUUACAAGAGACUUGGUCCAAACAGUUUGAACCCAUGGGCCCAGAACCAGUUCUCUAGUGAGCGUGAUAUUGAUGGAGUUGUAGCAUCACGAGAAGUUUGGAACAGUGUCAAAUUUAAAGAUUUAAAGGCUUUUGCAGGUCAUCAGAGACUUGGUUCGAGAAUAAAAACUUCUGUUAAUCACUUUGGCACUAAAAAAGGAGAAAGAAAUGUGCCACCAGAACUGAAAUCUAUUCAAUCGGCCAUUGUUUUGAAAAAAGAUAUAGAUUUAGACCAGCCUUCUGUUUUGAAGACAAACAAGGUGUCAAAAUGUUUAAUUUGCAGAAUUUGUUGUCGCACAUUUUCAAAAAUUGAAAACUAUGUAAGACAUAGGAAAUUACAUGAAUAUCGUUGUCUAGCAUAUUCUUGUCAAUACUGUGGACAGUUUUUUGGUAAAGUAGAUUUGUUAGACCUUCAUGAACGGAGGCAUCAUGAAUUAAUGGGAGGUACUCAGACAUAUUGCUGUGUUUAUUGUGACCUGUUUUUGAGAGAUAAAAGUAUUUUAAAACAACAUGUGUCUGAGACACACAGAGGUUUUAGAGUACUUCUCUCAUCAACUAGAAAACCAGACUUAGGUUUGUCAAAAACAUUUUGGAACUUACCCAAAAAAUUAGCAACUCUAAAACACAACAUGAAUGAACUUUCAUGUGCGAUAGAAACAUCAGUGCUUCAAGACAUUUUGAAUAAACGAACACGCCAGUGUUACCACUGUCUGAAAAGAUUUAGAAAUGAGGAAGCAAUGUCCCGUCACGUGUGUGUGAAACCUCCUAGCCUUCAGCAGCACAGUCAAGGAAAUUUUUACUGUGAUGUCUGUCAGCAGUUUUUUGCUUCUCCAGAUCAGUUGGAGAAGCACAUUGAGUUUCAGCACAUCAAAGUUGAGCUGUACAGAUGUGAAGUAUGUGGUGUUUGGGGCCGUAAAGAGGAGAUAGAGCAUCAUAUGCUUUCUCAUAUGAGUAAAAUGGGGAGUUUUAUCAGCACGGAACAGAAUAAUGCCCACGUGGCUAGUAAUUUUCUUCCUCCGGCUGCAAAUUCAACGAAGAGUAGCAAACCAACAUUUACAUCUUCUGGGAAGAAAAGAUGUUCUGGUGUUUUUCAGGAGAAAGAACAACAAGAAUGUUACUUGAAUGUCUCAUCAACACCAAAAAAGGGUAAAGCAAAAGUCAAACAUUCUCAGGCAAUAAAGAAAGGUAAAUUACAUGAGGAAUUUCUACAUCAUACUGACUGUUCGCAAGAGCCUGAUGUCAAUCCAGUGAUACCUUAUCGUACAAAUCUCAACCAAACUCUCCAAAAGAAGUUAUUAAUCAACAACAACCCGAGACAACUUGUUGAGGACACUCAGAGCAAAAGCAGAAUUAGAUUGUUAAACAACAAUAAAAACAUCCUAGGUACAGUUAGCCAGAAAAACAUUUUGCUUGAAAAUUAUUUAACAAGUCAUCAGAAUGAAUUGUCCGGUAAAUGUAGGAUAACGGGUGUUCAGAAUAAAGAUGCCAAAAGGGAGGUGUUACCUAAUCUCAGCGGUCAAAUAGAAAUUGUAGAAGUGAACAAGUUUAACGAGAGGGCUAGAUUAGCCACCAUUGAUAAACAAAAGGAAGGUAUUAACAAAAACAGGUUGAAUAGCAAUCCAAGUGAAACAACCAGUAAAGGUAAUUUACCUACCCAUAACAACCAAAGUAAUAGAACUGGGUCAUUUAUUUAUAACAACUCAGGUGAAAAUCCAGAGGAAAACCAGCAGAGCGAAGGUGUCGAGAAGAACAGAUUGUCAUGUCAGAAUGUACAAAAUGACAAAAACAGGAACGAACACUCCGACAGAAGCUUGACAAAUGAAAACAUCGAUAGGUCUAGGUCAUCUAACUUUUGUAACCCAAAUGAGAACCCCGAUGACAGCCAGGAUGAUGCUUUGCUUAAGAGUAGCAAACAGAGUGAGAAUAUGGACAGAACUAAGGUUCAUAAUCCUCACACCCACAGUGAACUUGUUAACAGAAGUAGGACAUCCAGUUUAAGUAAUCAAAAUGAACAGUUAGAUAAAAACAAUUUAUCUAAGUCUCUUAACCAACAUGACAAGAUGGAGAAAAAUAGACUGUCGACCAUCAACAGUGAAAUAGAAAUUUUUGAUGUGAGUAAACUAGAGAAAAGAGGAAGCCAUGUGGGAAUAUUAGAAAUGAGUAGAUUACCAGGAAAAGUAAGCCAGGUUGAAAAUAGCUGUCCAUCUAGUGGCAGUAGUCAUAGUGACAACUCAGAUAAAAAAAUAAACAACCAGGAUGAAACUGUUGAUAUUAGUCAGUUACCUAAUGCUGCAAGGAAUGACAGUAACAAGUUAACGUACCAUAAUAAAAAUGACACGAGAAGGCUGUCUAACCAGGGGGAAAACAUGGAUCGAAGUGCAGAGUACUGCAUUGCUUGUGAAAUGUUUAUACCAUCGCACCUGUUCCAAAACCAUCUGUUAAAAAAACAUUUAGAUGGAGGGGAACGGUCCGAUUUUCUUUUUGACUUCCAAUCUCUGCCCGAUAAUGAAUGGGCAACAGAGGAAGACCUUGAACAGUACGAUGAUCUUGGUCUCGAUGAUGAUUUUGAAGAUAACUUAGAAAACUACGACACAGCGUUACAGACUGAAUCAACCAAUGAAAUUAGAGAACAUGUAAUUUACAGUGAAAAUAAACAAGAGUAAACAAAGUACAUCUUAUAACACUAGAUGGCAGCACUAAUACAGGCUUGUUCAAUAAUAUGUAAAUAUGAUAAAUGUUUCAGGUGCAACAAUUAAACUGUUUGUCGAAUGUAUACUGAAGAUAGCACGUGUGUUAAGGAAGAUACUUAAACAAGAUCUGUUGUGUGUUAAGGCUUGUGAGCAUCUCAACCUUUCUUAAAAGAAAGUUGGUUAGUAAAUAUGCAUAUGACUCUGAAAUACCUGUUAUAUAGGUAUUGAAGCUAGUUUUUGAUACUUGUAAGCAUUAUUAUUAGCAAGUGAAAGAAACAUAAAAAAUAAAGAAAUUAGGUUUUUGGAAAUAAUUCACCUUAAAUAACUUUUUUGGUGAUGUUUCAAACAAAUGCUGUUUUUUUGAGCCUAAAACUUAGCAAGCUUUCUUAUUGGGGAAUAGAAGAAUAUUUAAGAUGACUUAUCUCCAACAGCCUAGUCUCUGUUGCUUAAUUAAUGUACAUGACACCAGUUGUCAUGAAGAAACUUCCUAACUAUGAGAUUACAUUUUCUUAUUUUAUUAAACUUUUUUCAAGACAUUUGUGAAACUGAGGUUUGAUUAAGUUUUUGUUAUAAUUUUUUAUGUUCGAGAAUUUUUCUAUAAUUAGUGAAAAGUGACAGUUUAAAAUUUAUUUUUUAUAUCAUUUUUCUAUAAAGUUUAAAUUUUCUUUAUAUGGUCAAAUGCAUUUGAUAAUUUUGUAGUAAUAGUGAAAGGAUUAUGUGUUGUUGAACCACAAGUUGACAUCUUGUUUAAGGGUAUUGGCCAUCCUGGAAAACGUACUCUUUAAGAAGAUACUUAUACCUACCAGCAUUGAGGGAAUCAUCAGUAUAAUUAAUGUUUAGGCAGUUGUGGUGGCAUAAUCCACCAAAAUGUUUGCUGUACUAUAUGUGUAAUAAAUAGGAAAGACAUGAAAUUAUGUUAUAAAAAGUAACAUAUCAAACAUGGAGACCCAAAGGAUCUCAUAAAGUCAGAGGGGGCUGGGUGUAGCUAACAUGAAUUGAGUGUUCAGAGUUCGUGUCACUUUGCUGGAGAGUGCAUCCUUACUUUGGUGCUGUGGGUAUAAGAGCCAAUGUUUCAUCAGGUGAGUAGCCCAAGAAUUGGCGAUGGGUACUGUUGACUAGCUACUCUCCCUCUAGUCUAUCAGUUCAAAAUUAGCGAUGGUUACACACAGAUAACCCACGUGUAGCCUUGCAUGAACAUUCAAAACAAUCAAUCUGUGUGCUUGAGAAGCAUCGAGUAAAAAUAAAUAAAUUUACAUGUUCACGAGGGACUUGAGGAGUCACUGAGAUUCUGUUAAAAAUUAGGAAUCUUAAUAAUUUUGUUCAUAUCUAUAAUGUCAUUCAUUUAUAAACAAUGAUAUAGAUCAUUGUUAUUUCAGUUAUAACAAUGUUGGUUGUUAUAACUUAAAUAGACAGAUGAAAAAUGUAUAUAAAAAAACAACUGUGAAGUCGAUCACUGCAGGCACUGCUUUUAUUUAUACAAAUAAAUUAGUAUUUUCUUGUUUCAGUUUCUACUUGUGGUGGAAAAUAAGUACACUCGUCUGACAUUACCAUGAUCUUGAAAUGUUUCAGUUGUGUAUUUUCAAUGUACACUGUGUUAUUUGUAUCUAAUCAAAUACCAUUGCAAAUAAAACUUUUGUUUCUUACACGGG